AGUACUAAUUUAUAAUUACGGUGGGUGACCACGUGGGAACUCUCUCGCUGUAGUACUAUCCUGCUUGCCUGCCAUUGGCCGGGCAUGUUACCAUACAUUCUUAGUCAGUGAAGGAUAUGUCGUUAGUUAGUUGAAGGGGGAUUAGAUUGUUAGUUUAUGUUUUGCGCCCCUGGCAAUCCCAAGAUAGAGAGGAAAGAUCGACCGCCACAAGAUCCUUCCAAAUUCAACCACAGGAUUGCAAUAAUCACAUCGAUUCUCUGUUAUUCUCGAGCCUCGGAAGGAAGCAACAAGUUUCCCUGCGUAUUUGGUGCCUUUCUACAUUACAAUGGCGUCAAACGACGUGUCCUCGAUCUUCUUCACCAGUUUGGGGUUUGUGAAGGCUAUAAGGGAGUCUAUAGGCAUCUCCAAACUGUGGCAGAACAAGCAAAGGGGACGGUCCGUCGAUAUGGCCAGCUUCUGGACGCCUGUGUUGACUACGACAAUUUCGACUAUCGGGAAGCCGGGAAUGUGUCAAGUACUAGCUCAUUUCAAACCAUGCAGAAAUGCGCUCUGUGACAACGGGGAAAGUUUUCAGAGGCGCCGACAUUCCCCCAGGUGGAUUGAGGAAGUCGAUGCUGCACCGCGAGGUUCCACUUUCAUUAGAGGACCUUUUCUACUCUCCCGGCGCCGCCAUAUACGACGAGACUGCCUCCAAGGUUGACAGCUACUUCAUAGCGGAGGCGAUUCGGACGGCAUAGGAGAUG